AUGAGCCCGCGAAGGAGAUCCAGGAAGAGGGGCGGGGCCGUGUCAAACCUCCUCCUGAAUGCCAUCUCCUACGGCGGCAUGUCGGGAGUGACCUUUACUGGCCUUAGGAAAGUCUUGAAGGCCAAUGGUCACUAUGACAUGGCGAACAAUAGAGCUCGGCUCCGUCUGGCUGUCCACAGGCUGGUAGCCAAAAAGUAUGUUGUUCGCACAAGGGGGAGACGCCUCAAAAUCAACCCAUACGGCCCUCGCAGGUGGAGGCGGCGGCGGCGGAGGAGGCGGCGGAGGAUGAGAGGCAGGAGAAGGAGGCGCAGGAGGUCCACACCUGGGCGCAGGAGGAAGAGGGGAAGGAGAAGGUCAAGGAGGAGAAGGAGGAGGAGGAGGAGGAAGUCCCGCAGGAGGAAGUCUCGCAGGAGGAGAAGGAGGAAGAGGAGGAGGAGGAGACGCAUUCGGAGGAGGCGGUAUCGCAGGAGGAGGCGCUCUCGGAGGAGGCGGUAUCGCAGGAGGAGGCGAUCCCGCAGGAGGACACCGCAGGAGGAGAUAUUCUCGGAGGAGAAGGAGGUAUUCUCGGAGGAGAAGGAGGUAUUCUCGGAGGAGAAGGAGGUAUUCUCGGAGGAGAAGGAGAUAUUCUCGGAGGAGAAGGAGGUAUUCUCGGAGGAGAAGGAGGUAUUCUCGGAGGAGAAGGAGGUAUUCUCGGAGGAGAAGGAGAUAUUCUCGGAGGAGAAGGAGAUAUUCUCGCAGGAGAAGGAGAGUCAGGAGGCGCAGGCUGAGGAGAGUCCGGAGAUAUCGACGUAG